UAUUCAAGUCGUGGGGCUUCCAACUGGCGAUCGGGCAUUAAGAGCUCCACGAAGCGAAUACUCGUGCUGUCCAUCGUUUCCCAUACCACCGCACAGUGUAAAAUAUAAUAUUAGUUUUCACAAAAAAUUGUAAUUGAAUGCAAUUAAGUUGCUUAGGAGACCAAAAAUAAUAGUCCUAUUUUGUUGAUUACUGACAAAAAAUUGUCCACAGAAGUAAAUCUCUCAUAUGUAUUUAUUAAAAAAAAAGUUUAAUACAUUUUUAACAGUUUUAAAUUGAAAUGUGUUUCAGUUUUAUUAAGACCUACAACUUAAAAUAUUAUGUUGUAUCUUGAGGACCGAGUCCCAAGCACAUAUUUUUGAGUAGCAAUAAUAGUUGCUGUUUAAUUUUUAGCAAGUAGUUUCUAGUUUAGAUAUUUAAAAUACAUUAAAAAUUAUUGGAAUUUAAUUGAAAUACUGCCAGGGAAGCCCACUGUGCGUCGCUCUGCCGCAGAGCAGAAGUCGGUGCGAGUUGCUCAGAACGAAUUUGCAUAGGCUGGGAAUCGGACGUGUGGCCGUCGAUCUUGAUGCGAAACCAUCGCAGCGGUACGACAAAUAUUAUUUCCUUCACUCCGCCUCCUCACGUGCGUGUGUGAUAUUUGUAACUUUAAUUUAUGAGAAGCGUUGAGUGAGUCGCUGGUCAGCUUCUUAAUAAAUUAUUCCCAAGAAUACCAGGCAUUUUUUUGUGGAAAAAAAUAUCAACAAAAUUCUAAAGCCAUUUAUCAGCAACAAAAGAGAUGAAAGGAGGAGAUUUUGUGCAAUAAUUUGUGGAUAUGUGGAAAUGAUCGUAUCCGAUUGCUGCGACCGCAACGACGCACAAACUAAGCCGAAAUAAAACGCCAAUAAAAUCCAGCUAAUUAAUGUGAUAAUUGUGCACAAUAAAAUGAUCGAAAUCGGACGACCCAGCACGAUGUGGAGCGAAUUGGAAUGCGUCGGACUUGCCAUAGAGUGUUGCCAGUGCCCGAGAUUACAGCCAUCGCCACGAAGAUCCACCGAUAAGCCCUUAUACCCAAAGGUCAGCCUGCGUUAUCAGCCUGCGGUCAUCCCAUCAUUCCUGGCUGUAGGGAUUGUGCUGGCGAUCUCUCUCGGAUCUGUGCUCGGUGCUCCGCAAUCCUCCUGCAUCAUGUGCGACAAGGAGGACCUGCGUCCCCGAGUCCCACCAUUUAGCGACAGCUACGAGGAGUUCACCUUCGACCACCAGGUGUCCCAGCUUUCGGCCAUGGAGUCGCUGCAGAAAAUAAAUGAGACAAAAGGUCAGAGCAAUGCCUGCAGUUCAUACAAGUGCCCUCCAACGAAUUAUUGUCUGGGAACUAAGUUUAUCAGCGAUCAUUGCUGGUGCGAACUGCAACAUCGAGAAGAGGGCCUUCCCUAUGUACCUCAUGUGUGCUUCGCGGAUCAGAAAGUGCACACACCCUACGUUGACUCCUGUUUUGAAUUUGCUGCGGUCAAGGAGUGCUGCUGCGCUGAGAUCUGGAUCAAGAAGUGGCGACACAUUUCCGGGAGCUCUGGGAUUCAGCACAUACCAAAAAUAUUAGUUCUGCUGCUUUCUGCAUUCAGUGUACUGCACUGGAUAAGUAGAAGACGGAUAUAUUGUUAAAGUUCGAGACGUCAAGAGCGAAGUCAUCGUGUGAAUGUUGUACAACAUAGUCAUAGCGAAGUAGGAUCUAGCCGUAAAUGCAUUCGAAUAAGUGUACUUAGUUCAAACAAUGUCCAAUGGUAAUCAAACCUACUUGCUAAGCAUAUAUUUAAGCGUUAAUAAAUACAAGUUUAUAAAGCUAACCGACUUUAGUUAGCGUGUGGCUUAGAUCACUAAAUAAAGAAGCUGUAAUUGCUUACGUGCAUUUUAAA